GACAUGUUUCCCAUCGGAACUGCCGAGUGAUGAUUCGGGCGGAUGUAAGUCUGACUGAAAGAGGCACAAAGAGAGAAAGCGGCGGGAAAUUCGGCUCGCGGCCCUGGAGGUUUGAGGAUUUGAACCGAGCGAGAGGGAGGAUGGAGGCGCGGGACGGGCGCGUGCGCUGUCAUUCCAAGCGCGCGGUGAUGGCAGCGCUUGAGCGGCUGGUGGUACCGUUGCAGAAACGGCUAGAAAAUAUCCCACAGGAGGGGGAGUGGGAGGCCCGGCAGAUAUUUGAAACUGCUGUUCAGGAGAAUAUCCUUGUCAAUGGGCUGUUAUGGCAAGAGGUCUCUGAGGAAGAGGAGCUGAGAUAUGGUAACGACAUAAGGAGUUUAGAUGAUGACUUGGAUGAAUGUAUUAAAGAGACAGCCUCAAAACGUAAGCAGUUUCCAAGGAAGAUUGUUGGACAUUUUGCUAGGACCAUGAAAGCAGAAAGGGAGUCACUAAAGCUUUAUCAGCCUACUGCAACUUCCCAAAUGAAACCAGAGAUCCAACUAGAACAAGUAGCACCCAAGGAAACAGAGUUGGUGAGAAUUGCAUCAAACCUUUCUCAAGAUAUGAGUGAUGUUAUGAAGCAUUUACCAAUAUUUAUGGAGAAAGCCGAAGGAUUUUUGCAAACCCUAAGUCUUGUUCCCAUUAUGAAGCAAUCCCAGACAAAUAAGGCAAUCUUCUCACCCCACACAAAGGUGUGCUUCCAAAAUAGCAAUGAACAAGCUCUUCCAUUUGGAAAAACCGAUGUCACUCCCAUAGAGACUAAUAAUAAGAAUUUGCUGAAGAAUCAUAGGUCACAGAAAAGAAAAGCGGAUUCUUGCAUUAAUCAAAAAUACCCAAAGCGAAGACUGCAUCUCAGCCAGUAAAACUGCAAAAUAUUCAAUGUCAAAAAUCAACUUAUCCACUUUUGUAUAUAGCGUACAAUUACAUUUUUUUAGGUGUUUCUAGCCCAGUUCAAAAAAAGUUAGGUAGCUCAGUUUGCAAGUGGUUAGAGUACUAUCAGCAGAGGUUUAUGACCAAAAUCUUCUAUUUAUGUUAGCCAAGUGAUAGUGUGCAACGCUGGGCAGAGGUCUAAAAGUGCGAAAAUGGAAAAUUAAGUCGUUUUAAUAAUUGUUUAAAUAGAUGCAACUUAAAGUAAAUUUCCCACCUUAUUUACAUUUGCAAAAGGAGAUCGACUUAGAUUUGAAUUAAACAUUAAGUUUAACUUCAGGUUUUUUGUAUUUCAAAAAUCCCUUGAUUCAAUUCUGUAUAAUGUUAUAGAGAUCCAUUUCUAUUUUUAGACUACAAAAUCCCCUGUAGACAAGAUUUUUAAUGUGUAUAAAAUGGCUUAAUUUUUGUAUUGAUUACUUUUUAUCUUUUACUCUGCUUUGUCAGUUUAUUCACUUUUAACCUAACCUAUCUGAUUUUCUGUUCUCAAGCAAUGUAUAAUUGUGACUCAUGCCAGUUCACGUUCAGCAAACGUUGAUUCGGUUAAAGUAAGCUUCUAUAAAUGUAUGGAAAGUCUAAGGAAAUGAAAAUUGUUAAUAUAAAUGGACGCUAUGAAAUUUAAUAGUGUUGAAUGGUGACUUUCUAACUCAUGUCUUUUGUAUAAGAUAAGGUUUAUUUAAUUAAAAAUGGCAUAACUUUAACUGUGGCUAAUUUUUUUGAAAUAUUAUAAAGAUCAAAAAUUGUAUAUACCCAAUGUCUGUCUGAUUGUAUGUUUCCUUUUUUUUGUAAUUUUAAAUAAAUUUAAGAAAUAUAAAA